GACUAUGGACUGGAUGUGACUGCAUUCAGAGAGCUGGUGUCUGACUGUCCUCAGCGUCUUUUGGAGUUAUCAGCCAGCUGCUGCAUGGUGGAGUCUUUCAGGCGACCUGCGUUCACAGAGUUGCUGGAUGAGCUGGGAGAAGUUGCUGAGAGUCUGGAGCCACCAGCAAAAUCUGAUGUCACCACGACAUGAGUCGUCCACCUGGGAAUGCCAUCCAUCUGCAACAGUACCAGAACAUCAGGAAGAUGGACAGAACAUGAGGGAAAAAACCCUGAAUAUUUCAGCCCUCUGUGGCAUCACUCUCCUCCACUGCUCAACACAUGCCUAAACUGAGGUGAUGCAUAUGUGUGUUUUUGGACGGCAGUGGACACUUUACUUUGACACACUUUGUAUACAGACAAACAGUAGUUAGACUCGUAGGAGUGAAUAUACAGUGUGGUCUGUUUUCUUGCCACACUUCUUUCUUGACUAAAAGGCCUCUCCUUUCCUUGCUUCCUCCUGUUCUUUGUGAGUGGUUUGUUUGUAACCAACAACACAGAUGAUCAAAUCUGUUGAUGUAUUUUCUGCCUCUUCUAUCUGCUCACACAUCGCUUUUGAUUCUGUAGGCCUGGACUCCUGUUCACCGCUUCUCCAACAGGAAAUUGCAUUUUUUGAUGCGAGGAAUGGCCUGCUCUCUACUGUGACUUUAAUAAACAUCACUUUAUAUAUGAUGGGACACAAAACUAUUGAGAAAGCAGAGCAGCCAUGCAUUCAUGCAACAAAUAAUACACCAGGAGCUAAAGAGGAGUUGUCUUGUAGACUUUUAGGAGAAAGAGAAGUUAAAGGUCAAACCUACAGGUUCACAAUUCAUAUUCAUGGUCAUAUUUAAUGUUAAUCUCAUGUUAUAUUAUAUAUUAUAUAUAUCAAAUUGAAUUGAAUAGCAAUGAACACCGGCAACAUAUCAGAGUUUCAGGAACCAAGACAACAUGUUUUAGGCCUUUAUUCAACAUAAUAACUUUGUAGAUUUUGCUCAAAAGAGCCAUAAAUUCUUAACAAUGGAAAUCACAAAAUGUUUUCAGUAGUGAUUUGCACAAUUUUAUGUCCCUGUCUCUUUUUGCUUUAUUUUUUUGAGUUUAUUAAGUUACUUUGAACUGUGUAUGUAAAUAUUUAAACUUCUUUUUUGCUCACAACCUUUUUUUCCAAUCUGCCACCUUUUUUUGGGAUUGAAAGGGCCCACAGUCUUUUAGUUUACCAAUAUUGACUAUUGGUGUGUGUGUG